AUGGCCAGCGAGUGGGCGGAGCAACAGAUGGUGGCUCUGGCAAGUUUAGGGUGGAGUUUUGGAGGAAGAGGUGGCAGUCAAACCAAGAGUCGAGAGACUCCGGCAGAGUGCUCAGCGACGGCUCGUAGGGAGGUGACGCAAGCCCCUUUCGUCACGCAUGAUGGGGUUCCAGUAGAGGUGGUGGUGGUUACAAUGGCAACCAUGAAAAUUUUGUCUAGUGACGGUGGUGAACUCUCGGGCAGCAAUGGUCUCAGGCAGUGGCGGGACUUCUUGGGCAGCAGCAUCACGAGGAACGAAGUCCUCAAAGGGGGUAUCGACGGCCUUCCUCAACUUCCUUCCCACCCUAUUCUAGGUCACAAAGUGGGCCCACAAGUGGGCUAAGGGGAGGUGGGCCCACUUAAGGCCCUCAAGCCCAUAAGCCACAAAAGGCUACAAAAGGGGCUUAUUGGGCCUCUAAAAGAGAGACCCAAUAAGCUCCCCUAAAAGGAGAAAGAGGAGGGCCCUCAUAGGGGCUUAAGUGGGCCUCAAAUGAAGACCCAAAUAAGCCCCCAAAAGAAGCCCAAAAGGAAAGAAGCAUAGGUCCCCCCCUCUUAGGGGUUUAGUUGGGCCUCAAAAGAGAGACCCAAUAAAACUCUAAAGAAAGGGAGACACAAACAACAACACACACACACACACAUAGAAUUAGGUCCGUGAACACACAAAUGUGAGGCCCAACAAGUCAAUGUGAAAAUACACAGAAAGAUAACGGGUGAGCUCAAGCUCAUCGUUGUUGCAAAGGUGGAAUGUCGUCAUCCUGAAGGACUAGGCUGUGUAGUGAAAACUAGGCUCCUUCGUCUUCGUGAGUUGAUCAGGCUGAACUCGAAUUGCUAGUGUCUCUUGAGCUGAGAGAGACAGGUCCCGCUCACCAUCAGUCCUCCCGGGGUCGAAAGAACUCGUCUCCAAUGAGUUGGCAAGUGGGGAAGGCAGGGGCUCCAGUAGGUCUGGUCAUAGUCACUCUAGGUCCACCGAAAUCCAAGCAUCGUCUUCCGAUAGGUGACCUUGCCAACGUACUAGGAAUCUUUGUGAAACUUUGUACCCUAUAAAGUCAAUUACCUCUCAAAGAAUCUCCUCGACUCACUCGUGCAAAUCAGGUGGUAAAAUGGGGGGAGUGGACUCCAUGGCAAACUCUCUCUUAGAGAAGGGCCAAUAGAUGAGGGCUUGAUGUCAGAUGAAAGAGAUGGGGCUUGGUGCGAUGCUAGAUCCGCCACAUUGAACAUGGAGCUAAUCCCCCACGAAGGAGGGAUGCUGACAACAUAGGUGUUGACGUGACUCAGUCGUUGUAUAUUAAAUCAUGCAAAUAUAAAAUUUAUAAAACUAGAAAAUAUGAAUUUUCAAAUAUUUAGAAGUAUUUCUAAAUAAAUAUAUCAAUUAUAAUUCAAUAAAAAUUCCAAAAAUAGUGGUAAUUUUCCAAGUCAAUCACAGGGAUGGAAUAUAAUAUUGGGUAAUUAUUCAGAAUUUUUCUCAAUGAAUACAAUUUUCUUAUGAAUUUUAUACUAAGAAAAAAAAGGAAAUAUAUUUAAAAUUCACGAAAAAAAAGGAAAUAAGGGUGCGGACGUCAGGAUGACAUCAGCACCUAACGAAUGCGAAUCAGGCAGAAACAGAGUUUUGCCCGGUGAUUCUUACGUAAGCGAUUAUAGACGACUUAAUUAAUCAAAUUAAGAUCUGUAAAAGCCGGAAGAAUCGUAAUUGAACGAAGUAUAGUUUGGUAAAUUAAAAUCACAUAAAGUAUCACUAAAUGAAGCGUAAAUUAAAUUGAAAGUAGGAAAACAGAGUUCCGGCGUCGCGAUGGCAAUGCGUCGGCGAUGCACUAGAAUCCUGAGCAUUUGAGAGGGUUGUCAUGCAGUGUCCACAGCCUUGAAGGCUCUCCUUAGACAAAGACGACGUGGGCAAUCUCUAGAUCUUCUCGCGAAGUCUAGAGAUCAAUGAAGUGGGUCAUCGAAUCGUCUCUGGCGGCUGUCACUCGGCGGAGCGGAAAAACGGUGACUUUGCGGCUCUCCGGUAGCUGUCACCUGACGGAGAGGAGCUGGAUGGAGGUGGGGCGUGACGUGACUCAGUCGUUGUAUGUUAAAUCACGCAAAUUUAAAAUUUAUAAAACUAGAAAAUACGAAUUUUCGGAUAUUUAGAAGUAUUUCAAAAUAAAUAUAUCAAUUAUAAUUCAAUAAAAAUCCCAAAAAUAGUGGUAAUUUUCCAGGUCGAUCACAGGGAUGUAAUAUAAUAUCUGGUAAUUAUUCAGAAUUUUUCUCAAUGAGUACGAUUUUCUUACGAAUUUUAUACUAGGAAAUAAAAAGGAAAUAUAUUUAAAAUUCACAAAAAGAAAAGGAAAUAAGGGUGCGGACGUCAGGAUGACGUCAGCGCCCGGCGAACGCGAAUCAGGCGGAAACAGAGUUCCGCCCGGCGAUUCUUACGUAGGCGAUUACAGACGACUCAAUUAAUCAAAUUAAGAUCUGUAAAAGCCGGAAGAAUCGUAAUUGAACGAAGUAUAGUUUGGUAAAUAAAAAUCAACAAAGUAUCACUAAAUGAAGCGUAAAUUAAAUUGAAAGCAGGAAAACAGAGUUCCGGCGUCGCGACGGCGACGGCGAUGCGUCGGCGAUGCACCGGAAUCCUGAGCGUUCGGGAGGAUCGUCGUGCAGUGUCCACGGCCUCGAAGGCUCUCCUUGGACAAAGACGACGUGGGCAAUCUCUAGAUAAAGCAGGAAAACAGAGUUCCGGCGUCGCGACGGCGACGCGUCGGCGAUGCACCGGAAUCCUGAGCGUUCGGGAGGGUCGUCGUGCAGUGUCCACGGCCUCGAAGGCUCUCCUUGGACAAAGACGACGUGGGCAAUCUCUAGAUCUUCUCGCGAAGUCUAGAGACCAAUGAAGUGGGUCGUCGAAUCGUCUCCGGCGGCUGUCACCCGGCGGAGCGGAAAAACGGCGACUUUGCGGCUCUCCGGCGGCUGUCACCCGACGGAGAGGGGCUGGAUGGAGGUGAGGCGCGUGUUAGGGAGCUUCAUCCUCAGGUCCGCGCAGCAAGAGGAGGCUCUUCAUCGCAUCUGGUACGCUCUCAGGAGGUGGCGACUGGUCUCCCGGCGGAUCGUCCUCUUCCCGACGACGGCUUGUUCGUCGAUCAAUCGGAGAUGAUUUACUCGAUGGAUUGCGAUCCUUUUAUCGCGAAUCGUUCAGAAAUUUUAGUAGCAAUGCUCCGCGAAUCGCGUUGACGAGAUUUUCGCCGAUGAUCCAGCGAUUCCGGUUGCUUAAUCCUUCACCGGCGAUCUGCAGGAAAGUCGCGAUAAUCAGUUAAAAAUAUAUGAAUUUUGACUCUGGGAGGAUUCGAACCUGCGGCGGUCGCCCGCCCCUGAACAAGGUGUGACGCGGGUUUAGUCCCACAUCGGUUGUGCGCGGAUUAUUUGGGCGAAUAUAUAGUAAAGUUAGCUUUGUAGGCAAAAUCCUCUCGCGUGUACGACCACUCCUUGCCCCACAGCCGGCUGACCACCGGUGACGUGGAAGGGGAGUGGCGCACACGUGCCCCUAUCGAUCCAAGCAUGUCGCUCGAGCCCCCGCUCGCGGCUACUCCCCGACUGCGCUUCCGACCCGCUUGAGGGCCCGGCUGGCCGGCGGACUCCCCCAUUUUGCAAUAUUUUUAUUUUUAUUUCUUGUUCUUCAUUUAUCUCAAAACUAAGACUGUAAAAAUCGUAUAAAAUCACAUAAUUACCCAAAAAUUCACGUUAAUCAACUGAAAACCACUUUUCAUGCUUUAACACAAAUAUAAGUCUAUUUAUCAUGAGUUAAGGCUAAAACUAUAUUAUUUACUAAUUAUUAACUCAUGAUAAUGAAGACUUAUCACACCCCCCAACUUAAAUCAUUGCUAGUCCCUUAGCAAUGGAAUUACGAAAAUAAAAAUUUACAAAUCUCAAACAUCAUAUUUCAAUACAGAAAAGAAAUACAAUUAGAAAUGAUGCACCUUUAAACACUUUGGAUUCUUAUAUCAAGUAUUUAAGAAUGAUGUCAAGCACUUAAAUGUUUAAACACUCCUUGGAAUAACAAUCUAGACUUCACUUCUUUAUCACUUCUUCACUCAUAGAUGUAUUUACAAGAUGUUCCAAUUAUCAAUACUCAUCCAAGAAUAAUAUUGAUCUUACAUUUCCCUUUUUCUAUGACUUGAUUUUUGAAGUUUGCACUAUAUUUCUUCCUUCUUUUUUUUUUUUUAUAUAUAUAUAGUGGAUAAGUAGCUUUUCCUGUAGACAAAUUUCGACAAUAAGAAUGAUGUCUCACACCCUCCAUGUGUACUCUUCAUUUUCAGGGCUUUCACUUUAUCCACUUAUUUUUCAGCAAGUGUUUUUCUAUGCACGAUUUUCGACAAUGAGAAUGAUGUCUCACACCCUCCAUGUGUACUCUUCGUUUCUAGAUUUUUCACAUUGCUCUCUCUUUUUUUUUUUUUCUUUUUGAAAUAAGUGAUUUCUCCUCACAAGUCCUAUAGAUCAGGGUGCAAAAAUCUCCAUUAAACUCAAAUGAUCAAUCAAAUUUUCACAUCAAGUAAAUAUUAUCCAUCAAGAUCAUGAAGUGAAAAUCUGUAAAAUCAAAUCCAUGUUAUCUAUCAUGUAUCCAAGGAGUAUUCCAACAUUUCAUGCUACUAGAUCAUUCUUUUGACUCAAUAAUAAUCUUCCUAGUAUCUUUUGGUAUCAAUCAAUCUAAUUGAUUUAAUUUUUCAUGCAUGCAAUAUGAUGUAAGGAAUUUGUAAAUUAGAUAGUUCUGACAGUUCUGUUUUCUGUUUUCAGUUUUAGCAGCAAUAAAUUUGUCAAAAAUAAAUCAAAACUAUCUUCUUUAUAGCUGUAAUUUCGAAUUUCAGUAAUAUAUGUCUAAGGGAUUGAAAUGUGAGAAAAGGGUCUUCUAGAAUUUCAAAUUUCGGGCUGUUUUUUGUCUGCUGUUUUUGACAGUCUGUUGUUUCUGACAGAAAACCAGAAAAUAGAUGUUGCAAUUUUUCCGAAUUUUAUUUUAUUUUUAUUUUUUUAGUUGCUGUUCUAAGUUGAAUAAACUGCAAACACAUGUUCUUAAUCGUCCUACAGCAUAAAUUAAUAAUGAAUACUUCACCCCCCAACUUAAAAAUGACAUUGUCCUCAAUGACACAGAAAACUCGAAACAGAAUAUGCAGAAAAUAUAAUUUUCAAGUGAAGCAUGCAUAUCUGCAAAGUUAAGCAUUAAAAAUAUUUUCAUAAAUGAUGAAGCUCAGAAAGACAUCACCUCAACCUCGUUUUUAAUUUUCCACUUCAUCUUACACUCCUCCUGCACUUUUUCGACAGAAAAACAAAUACAGAAACAAGUACUGCGAAAUUCUAAGAAAAACAGAGCUUAAAAAAAAUCAAACAAAAUGAAAUAAAAACCAUGGGUUGCCUCCCAUGCAGCGCUGAAUUUAAUGUCUCCAGCUGGACUCCUUGAUCUUACUCUUGAAUUUCUUUUAAUAAUAAAAUUUCUUUUUCUGCAAGGCGUUCAUGUUCUAUGUAAUGUUUAAGCCGCUGUCCAUUUACCUUAAAGUUAUGAUCACUUUUAGGAUCUUUAAUCAUUACAGCCCCAUGAUCAUAUGUCUCUUCCACCACAUAAGGCCCUUUCCAUUUUGAUUUUAAUUUUCCUUGGAAUAAUUUCAGCCUAGAAUCAUAUAACCACACUUUUUGUCCAACAUCAAAUUUUUUUCUGCUAAUGUAUUUAUCAUGAAAAGUUUUAGUUUUUUCUUUAUAUAUUCUAUGAUUUUCAUAAGCUUCAUUCCUCAACUCCUCUAGUUCAUGUAACUGAAAAAUUCUAUGCCCACCAGCUGAUUUUUCAUCCAUACAUAAAUUUUUUAUAGCCCAUAAUGCUUUAUGCUCUAUUUCCACAGGAAGAUGACAUGGCUUUCCAAAAAUGAGACGAAAUGGGGACAUACCUAUGGGAUUUUUAUAAGCUGUUCUAUAAGCCCAUAAUGCAUCUUGUAAUUUCGUGGGCCAAUCUUUCCUAUCUGGUCUAACUAUUUUUCUCAAAAUUCUCUGAAUUUCCCUAUUUGCUACUUCAGCUUGCCCAUUUGUUUGGGGAUGAUAUGGAGUGGCUACUCUAUGGUGUACUCCAUUCUUUUUCAACAGUUCUCUGAAAUUUUUAUUUGUAAAAUGUGUUCCUCCAUCACUAAUAAUCACUCUAGGACAUCCAAAUCUCGAAAAAAUAUUUUCCUGCACAAAUUUCAUCACGAUUUUAUGAUCAUUAGUUCUAGUAGGAAUAGCUUCCACCCACUUCGACACAUAAUCAACAGCAAGCAAAAUAUAUUCAUAUUUUUCAGCUGAUGGGAAGGGACCCAUGAAAUCUAUUCCCCAUACAUCAAAAAUUUCGACUACUAACAUAUUACUCAUGGGCAUUUCAUCUUUUUUACUCAUGUUACUUAUAGAUUGGCAUGAAAUACAUGUUCUACUAAAUUCUAUAGAAUCUCUAAUGAUUGUAGGCCAAUAAAAACCACACUGGAAAAUUUUUGCAGCUGUUUUUCGUCCAGAGAAAUGUCCUCCACAGUUAGAUGAAUGACACAUGUUAAUAAUGCUAUGAUAUUCUUCUUCAGGAACACAUCUCCUUAAAAUUUGAUCAUUGCCCAAGUAAUAUAAAUCAGGAUCAUGCCAAAAAUAAUUUCUAAUCUUAGAAAAGAAAUGAUUUUUUCUGUUCUUAUCCCACUGUUCUGGAGUUUUUCCAGAAACCAGAAAAUUAACAAUAUGUGCAUACCAUGGUGAUGGUUGAUGUUGAGCUGCCAUCAAUUGUUCAUCUGGAAAUGCGUCUUGUAAAGGUGCUGCAUUUAUUCCUGUAUCACUUAAUCUAGAAAGAUGGUCAGCAACAACAUUCUCGAAACCCUUUUUAUCUUUUAUUUCUAAGUCAAAUUCUUGCAACAAUAAAAUCCAUCUUAAUAAACGUGGCUUUGCAUCUUUCUUAUUUAACAGAUAUUUUAAUGCUGCAUGAUCAGUAUAAAUAAUAAUUUUAGCUCCCAAAAUAUAUGAUCUAAACCUUUCUAACGAAAAUACUACAGCUAACAAUUCUUUUUCAGUCGUGGUAUAAUUUAAUUGAGCAUCAGAUAUAGUUUUACUAGCAUAUGAAAUUACUAUGGGUUUUGACUCUUUUGUUUGUCCUAGAACGGCCCCCACUGCAUAAUUCGAUGCGUCACACAUUAUUUCAAAGGGAAGGGACCAAUCAGGAGCUUGUAAAAUGGGUGCCUCAGUAAGUAAUCUUUUUAUUUCGGAAAAAGACUCAAAACAUUUCUCAUCAAAAUUAAAAGGCACAUCUUUAGAUAAUAGCAUGGUGAGAGGUUUAGAAAUUUUCGAAAAAUCUUGAAUAAAUUUUCUGUAAUAACCUGCAUGACCCAAGAAAGAUCUAAUCUGUUUUACUGAAUUCGGAGGUUUCAUUUUAGAUAUAAUAUCGAUUUUUGCUCUAUCCACCUCUAAACCCUUUUCACUCACAAUAUGACCCAACACAACUCCCUCUUUAACCAUAAAAUGUGAUUUCUCCCAACUCAAAACUAAUUUUUUCUCUAUGCAUUUCUCAAGUACAUGCUGUAAAUGAUUUAAGCAUUCAUCAAAUGAUUCACCAAAAACAGAAAAAUCGUCCAUAAAAAUUUCCAUGCAUUUUCCAAUCAUAUCAGAAAAAAUAGACAGCAUACAUCUUUGAAAUGUGGCUGGAGCAUUACACAGACCAAAAGGCAUGCGUUUAAAAGCAAAAGUACCAAAUGGACAAGUGAAAGUUGUUUUUUCUUGAUCUAAAGGGUUUAUAUAAAUUUGAUUAUAACCAGAGUAUCCAUCCAGAAAACAAAAAAAGUUUUUUUCCAGCUAAUUUUUCUAAAAUUUGAUCAGUAAAUGGUAGGGGAAAAUGAUCUUUUCUAGUAACUGAAUUUAAUUUUCUAUAAUCAAUGCAAACUCUCCAACCGGUAGUUAGUCUUGUUUGUAUUUCCUCCCCAUUUUCGUUUUUUAUAACCGUGAUCCCUGAUUUUUUUGGCACUACUUGUGUAGGACUAACCCAUUUGCUAUCUGAAAUAGGGUAAAUAAUAUCAGCAGCCAGCCACUUUAAAAUUUCUUUUUUUACAAUUUCCAUCAUGUUAGGAUUUAAUCUUCGUUGUGGUUCCCUGCUAGUUCUAGCCCCCUCCUCUAAAUAUAUACUAUGCAUGCAUACUCUCAUAUCAAUGCCCCUUAGAUCGUCCAUUUUCCAGCCCAUAGCCUUCUUAUUUUUUCGAAGUACAUCUAAUAAUUCUUCUUCCUGUUCAUUACUCAAAUCAGCUGCAAUAAUAACAGGAAAUGAAUUAUUUUCCUCCAAAAACAUAUAUUUUAAACUAGAGGGGAGAGGUUUCAACUCUAAAUUCAGAUGAUCUUCCUCUUUCUUUUCUUCUAAAUUUAUAUUCUCUAUUUCCUCUAAUUCUUCCAGCACACAGUCAUCAAUAACAUCUGGAUCAUCAAAAUCAUCUAGAAGAUCUAUGGUAUGACAAUCAUAUACUUGGGAUUUCUUAAGAUCAUUUGAUACCUCAAAAAUUUUAAUUUCUACUGAUUGAUCUCCACAUGAAAUUUUUGCAAUACCUGUGGGAAAAUCAAUAUUCAUCUUUGCUGUAUGCAAAAAUGGUCUCCCUAGGAUGAUUGGUGUAUCAUAAAACUGUCCAUUAAAAUCCAUUUCCAGCACUACAAAAUCAGCUGGAAAUUUACACCCUUUAACUGUCACUAUCACAUUUUCUAAGAUACCUUUAGGAUGUUUUAUGGAUCUAUCAGCAAAUUGUAAGGUAACAGUAGAAGGUUUAAGAUCAGAAAUAUUAAAUUUAUCACAAAUACUUGCAGGUAAUAAAUUAAUACUAGCACCGGUGUCAAGUAAUGCAUUCUGAAAAAUGAAUCCACCAAUAUCACACGAAAUUAAAGGAGCACCUGUAUCUCUCAAUUUAAAUGGUAAUUGAUUUAAUAAUAACGCACUAGCAUGCAUAGAUAAUUUUUCUACUCUAGGUGCCCUUUUUGGUGUACACAUUUCUUUCAAAACUCUAGCAUAUUCAGGAAUAUGUUCAAUGGCAGUGAGUAAAGGAAGACUAAUUUGCACAUCUUGUAAAAUUUUCUUUAUUUCUUCAUUGUGUUCCUUUUUCUUUCUUUGUCUAGGCUCUAGAGCUUUAGGAAAUGGAAUGGUUGUCCUCUCUUUCGAAAUUUCUUUGGUAGAAUCUAUAAAAUCCUCUUCUACUCCUAUUUGAUUUUGUUUUGGGGUGUCCACAUUUUCUUUUUCUUCUAAUGUUUGGGGAUAAGGAUCAGGUAAGAUCUUACCACUCCUUAAUGCAUUCACUGUCCUAACAUUUUCAUUUCGUGGGUUUUUUCCUAGAUUCAUGCUACUAGACUCCCCAUGCUGAAAUCCUAUUGUUGGGCGGUUCCCUGGAUUUUCUAUGGGCUGACUAGGUAGCUGUCCCUCUUCUCUCUUAUUCCCAAGGGCCUCUAUAAUUUGUUUCUGGUGCAGCAUCAUUUGGUUCAUAGUUUGUUGCAUCAUUUGGCUCAUUUGCUGCAUCAUUUCCAUAGCAUCAGGUUGGAUUUGAGAGGACUGAUUUUUCUGAAAUCUGUUUUCUUGUUUUGGACGAAAUUCAGAGUUUGAAUUGGGUCUAAGUGCUUCUGGAUUUUGAAUAUUAUUUGGGUCUCUCCAUGAAAAACUAUUCCUCCAAUUAGGAUUAUAAGAAUUUGAAAAAGGUUCCCUGUUUCUAUUAAAACCGUGAGCCACUUGCACUUGUUCUUGCAUAGGGUGAAAUGAUUGAUCUAAAUUAUAACAUUGAAAUUCAGAAUAAUCGUUUUCACCAUACAUAGGACAUGUACUAUUCGAAUUAAGUUGAGGGUUAAAAGGCUUUCUAAUAUUGUCAAUAAGUAAAUCAAUUUUUUCUAAUCUUUGAUUAAUCUGAUUAACCUCAUUUCUAAGUUUAGAAUCAUCAUCAUGAUGCAAUUCAUAAAUUCCUCUCUUCUUAUCCCUAUCAUAUAAUUCAAAAGAGGCUUGAUCUCUAAAAUUUUCACUUAAAUUCUCAUAAAGAUUGUAAAUCUCAUCAGGAGUUUUCUCCAUAAAAGCUCCUCCACAUAUAGAAUCAACCAUAUUUCUAUGUUGUUCUAAUAAUCCAUCAUAAAAAAUUCUAUUGAGCUGCCACUUGGGUAUAGCAUGAUGAGGACACUUUCUAAGUAAAUCCUUGAAUUUUUCCCAUGUCUCAUGCAAAGUUUCUCCUGGUCUUUGAGAAAAACUCCAUAUAUGUUUUCUCAUAUUUUGAGUUUUUCCUAAGGGAUAAAAUUUUCGAAGAAAGGCCUGUUCUAUAUCUUUCCAGCUAGUUAAUUCUCUAUCUAAUGUGGAUAGCCAAUGACUAGCUUUGUCCCUAAGUGUAUGAGGGAAUAAUUUCAUCUUAAUAAUUUCUGGUGUAACUUGAGGGAGAUUAACUAAAUCACAGACCAUAUGAAAUUUUUCUAAGUGCUGAUGAGGUUCCUCUAAAGGCAAUCCAUGAAAAUUAGGGAGCAUUUGAAAAAUUCCUGGAUUUAUUUCGAAUUUAACAGUGGGUGCUAAUGGGACUCUAAUGUUAGAUGCUCUUUGAAAUGAAUCAGGGAUAUAAUGAUUUUUCAUGGCCAUAGGAUUGUUCUCAGUUUGACCUGUACUUCCUUCAGGAUCCAUCAAAAUUAAUUUUUCUUUCGGAUUUUUAUUUUUGAAUGAAAUAAUGAAAGGAUUUUCUAGCCUUGGAUGCAAGGAUCUUCUACCAUGCAUAAAAAUCAAUAAAUUCGAGAGAAAAAGUUAGUAACUGUUACCCUCCUUCAGGAUGCUCCAGUCCUUGCCGUGCUUCUUUUCGUUCCCUUUUUCUAAUAAAAAUCAGCAAAAAGAAAAUAAAACAAGAGUAAAGUUUUUUUUUUUUUUUUUUUUUGUGUACUCUAAGAGAAAAACAGAAAAAUACUAAAUAUUAUGCAAUACAUCCCCGGCAACGGCGCCAAAAUUUGACGUGACUCAGUCGUUGUAUAUUAAAUCACGCAAAUUUAAAAUUUAUAAAACUAGAAAAUACGAAUUUUCGGAUAUUUAGAAGUAUUUCAAAAUAAAUAUAUCAAUUAUAAUUCAAUAAAAAUCUCAAAAAUAGUGGUAAUUUUCCAGGUCAAUCACAGGGAUGUAAUAUAAUAUCUGGUAAUUAUUCAGAAUUUUUCUCAAUGAGUACAAUUUUCUUACGAAUUUUAUACUAGGAAAUAAAAAGGAAAUAUAUUUAAAAUUCACAAAAGAAAAAAAAAAGGAAAUAAGGGUGCGGACGUCAGGAUGACGUCAGCGCCCGGCGAACGCGAAUCAGGCGGAAACAGAGUUCCGCCCGGCGAUUCUUACGUAGGCGAUUACAGACGACUCAAUUAAUCAAAUUAAGAUCUGUAAAAACCGGAAGAAUCGUAAUUGAACGAAGUAUAGUUUGGUAAAUAAAAAUCAACAAAGUAUCACUAAAUGAAGCGUAAAUUAAAUUGAAAGCAGGAAAACAGAGUUCCGGCGUUGCGACGGCGAUGCGUCGGCGAUGCACCGGAAUCCUGAGCGUUCGGGAGGAUCGUCGUGCAGUGUCCACGGCCUCGAAGGCUCUCCUUGGACAAAGACGACGUGGGCAAUCUCUAGAUAAAGCAGGAAAACAGAGUUCCGGCGUCGCGACGGCGACGCGUCGGCGAUGCACCGAAAUCCUGAGCAUUCGGGAGGGUCGUCGUGCAGUGUCCACGGCCUCGAAGGCUCUCCUUGGACAAAGACGACGUGGGCAAUCUCUAGAUCUUCUCGCGAAGUCUAGAGACCAAUGAAGUGGGUCGUCGAAUCGUCUCCAGCGGCUGUCACCCGGCGGAGCGGAAAAACGGCGACUUUGCGGCUCUCCGGCGGCUGUCACCCGACGGAGAGGGGCUGGAUGGAGGUGAGGCGCGUGUUAGGGAGCUUCAUCCUCAGGUCCGCGCAGCAAGAGGAGGCUCUUCAUCGCAUCUGGUACGCUCUCAGGAGGUGGCGACUGGUCUCCUGGCGGAUCGUCCUCUUCCCGACGACGGCUUGUUCGUCGAUCAAUCGGAGAUGA